UUCUGAUAAACAUAAGCAGAAGCAAGCAGAAGUAUAGUUAGAAUAUGAGUGUCACGUUUAAUUAAUUCAAUAAAGAGUAAUUUGCAACAAUGCAAGUUGAUAAUGUUGACACGAUAAUAUUCAACAUUAAGACUGAUUAUAAACAGUUAUUAAUUUGGAAUACUCUUCGGUGCAAAAAAUAGAGUAAAAGUGUUUAUUUUUGUUUUAUAAUAGUUUUGCUUACCUAUUUUGAUGAAGAAAAAUGGGUACUAAGGGUCUUAGUUCAAUAGCCGAGGAAUAUUUUUAUACUAUUAAUCCUCUGGCUCAACGAAUUGGUGAGGAUGUUGCUGCCACAAAAGAUGCUUAUGAGGGUCUUUGGAGUACUUUAAGUUUAUCGGAACAAAAUCAGGCGAUUGAUGAGACUAUAAUUACACCAGAAGUUGCUCUUAAGUAUGCUGCAAAAAAAAUCGAUUCCAAGGAAUUGCCAAAAUCAUAUCCAAAAUUGUGCAUACAAACUGGGAUGAAAUUUAUGGUUGAUGAAACGGGUUCGACAUUGCGUUGGCGUGAUGAACACUCAGCACCAUUUUCUUUUAUGACACAAUCACAAAUGAAUCUCAGUUUAUCGGAUUCGGCCGAAGAGAUGAAAUCUUAUUCCUACGGGAAUUAUAUUAUGGGAUCACCCCACUAUUCCAGUCCAAUGAAAAAUUCCAAUGACAAUGAAGUUUUACUCAGUGGUGAUUAUAAUAACCUGUCUUCAAAUAAACUCUGUUUCUACAAAUCGGAUAAUUAUUCGGAUACAAUCUAUUCCACGAACGAAUGCAGCAAUCUUCUCAAUAGUCUGACUGACAGUGAUAAUUCGGAAAAUAUUUUCUCCAAAAUAAUGAACAAGACUUCUUUACUUCAGAUACAAUCUAAUUAUGACGAUGAAGACGACGACGACAACGUCGAUGAUGAUGAUCUCGAAAGUUUGGUGCCAAUGAGAAAUGCACAAAAAACAUCAAUUAGUGAUAAGUCUCAAAUGAAUAUUAGUUUAACUAAUGCAAGAAAACAAUCUAGCGACACUACUGAAUCCACUGCAUUGCUAGAUACUCCAAGUUCUUACAAUAGUUAUCAAUCCUCACAUUUGAAUCAAGAUGAUUCCAUUCCAAAGACUGGAUUUGAAUUUUUGGAUAAUUGGUAAAUUUUAUAUUUUGCUAAUAGAAAUUAAUAAUUACUCCUUUAUAUCAACACUUAUAUCAGUAUAAUAUAGAAUCUGUUACUCCAAAUAUAGUAAGAUAUGUAAUAUCGUAAGAGAAAACGAAAAAGUUUCUUCUUUUUUAAAUAAGAGAGACAUGUGCAUUGAAUUUAUAAAGACUGUUUCCGAACAAAAUAUUUUAAACUACUAAUAUUGGUUAGAUGUAAUAUUUUUACAAUAAUUUAUAUUUACAACGUGUUUACAAUUAUCAUUCGCUCCGAAAAAAGAUAUAAGAAGCAAACAAAGUGUAAGUUCACGUUUACGUCAGAAAACAGUUUCUAUUGACUUUUUCCAGUAGAAAUUGAUUCUUUCUCUGAAUUUCACGCCAGCAAAAAUUACAAACAAUCAACAAAUAUUUGCUUCUUGUAAACUUUUCUAAAGGAGAGUGUUACAAAAACUCCUAUACUCAUAUUAGGUUUAUCACUGUUUUAAAGAUUGCUAGUCACCAGUGGUUAAUAAAUGAUAAUCUAAUUAUAACCAAUUUAUACUUUUAGUACUAGUUAAAAAAUACUUCCUUUUAAAUAAUGUUAAAAUAGAUGCGUGUGCGUAUGUAUUUAAGAAAAUAUUUAAAAUACAAGAAAAACAUAAUAUUAAAAUGUAAGAAAUAUGUCAUUUGGAAAAAAGUUUACAUUUUGUAAAACUAAUGUAAUUGUUAAGUAUUUUUUAAAAUUUUCUACCAUUUUAGAAGCAGUCAAAAAUGUAAUCAAAAUAAAUAUUUCUAUUUAUAAAA